AUGGAAGAUUCUAGACGAAUAUUUUGUAGGCUCUGCAAUAAAACUGCUAGGAGCAAUGAAAAUUUUACAGGAAUAGAAGAAUCUACAAGAGAAAUUUUAAAAUCUGUUUCACUGGAUCUGGAUUUGGUUAACAACUAUAAACAUGUCAUGUGUUCUACCUGUUCUGCUAAACUGUACUCUGCAUUUAACUUCAAAUCCACUUGCUUGUAUGUUGAGCAGAAGAUUGUUUCUUAUGUUAAACCCAAUAUGUCCUUUGUUGACUUAAGGGAAGUUUAUUUAUACAAAAACGAGAACAAGCCGUCAGUCAAAAUAGAAGAUGAUCAGAAGAUAUGUCGAUUAUGUUUACAGUUAACUAACGAAGAAUUUGUGCCAUUUUGUGAUAUAAUGUUAGAGGUGAUCCAUAGAUGCAUCUCAGAAGUGAAUUUUGGCAUCACUGAAGAUCCUGUCGUUUGUAGGCAAUGUUUUGAUUCACUCAACAUUCACAAUACUUUUAUAAGGACCUGCUUGGAUGUUGAAACACAAAUUCACGAUAUAUUUGAUGACAAAAUCACAGAUUUCAAGCGUAGUGAUAUAUUUAUUAGAAAUGAAUAUGAUGAAAUAGAAUUAGGAGACGAACAAACGCUGGAAGGGUCAAUUAAAACUGAAAAAGAGCUAGGGACAGAAGAAACACUGAUCGAAAUUAAAGAUAUUGAUAUAAAAUGUGAAGUAAAUGAUUUGGAAAGUGAUCCUUCUUCAUACGACUUACAUAAUGAAACAAUCGAAAACAAAACAAUGCACAAUUAUAAAGAUGUAGGAGAAAUAAAGAAGGAAUAUAUGUCCGAGACAGUAGAGGUUCAAAGAAGCAAACCCGAAACCAAAGACGAGUUUGACAGUAGUGUAAACCAGGAAGCUGUUCCAGAACUUAUACAUUAUAAGGAAAGUCCAACUUGCCGGCAGUUAAUAAACAAUGACAGGUUUGAAGAACCAGUAUACAGAUGCAAAACGUGCAAUUUUGAAACUAAAUUUAAGGGUGGUCUAAGUGUACAUCAACUGUCACACAAAGACCCUUUGGAUAUUGAAAUAUACACUUGCGACACUUGCACCUACGAAACUAAAUAUAAAGCAGAUCUAAAACGGCAUCAGUUAUCGCACAAAGACCCUUCAGAAAUCGAAAUGUACAAAUGUGACAUGUGUAAAUACGAAACUAAGUACAAACAGAAUAUCAAAAAGCAUCAAUUGGUACACAAAGAUUCUCCAGAAAUUCAACUGUACAAGUGUGAGACUUGUAUUUACGAAACCAGGUAUAAAUGUCGUCUAAAAGAUCAUCAGUUAUUGCACAAAGAUCCGUUUGAAAUCCAAAUGUACAAGUGUGAAGUGUGUGAUUAUGUAACUAGAUAUAAGAAUCAUCUAAAAAGGCAUCAGCUAUCGCACAAAAACCCUUCAGAAAUUCAAAUGUACAAGUGCGAUAUGUGUAGCUUCAAAACAAAGUAUGAGAGACAUCUAAAAUCACAUCAAUUAAUACACAAAUAUGCCUCGGAAAUUCAAAAGUACAGGUGCGGUGCUUGUACUUACGAAACUAAACGUAAGCAUUGUCUAAAAAAUCAUCAGUUAACCCACAAAGACCCUUCGGAGAUUCAAAUGUACAAGUGUGAUAUAUGUAGAUAUGAAACUAAGUAUAAGUACAACAUCAAAAAGCAUCAGUUAAUACAUAAGAAAAUUUCCACAGAAUAA